AUGGCGGCACUGGCAACGCUGGAGUUGGGGGCGCAUUUCAUUGACGGCGAGGCCGAGGCGGUGUCUGGCGCGUCUGCUGACGAGGAGGACGAGGACGGCGCCACAGACCUGUCCGGGUUCAUCGCCAACAGCUGCAGCCCCACGCCUCGCACGACGGGCGCGGCCCGCAGGUCCACCCCCGAGAUCGCGCUCUACCAGCGGAUGAUGCUCAGCCAGACCCCCGCGGGCGGCUACAACAUACGCGACCUGUGGUCCCAGCUGCAGCUGGCGCCGGUUGCUGGGGCUGCGGGACUGCGCCAGCAGCGGCCAGGAGGUGGACAGGAGCCUCAGGAGCGGCCAGGGCAGCGGCAGCGGCGGCGGCGGCAGGCGGACGGCGCGGGGGUCGCGGUGCUGUGGAACAGUGGCAGCUGCGCAGGGGGCGCUGCCGGGCAGCGGCAGCGCAUGGGCCACUACGAGGGCAGCAGGGCGGGCAGGAGCGAGCCGGGCGGCAUGGUCGUUGAGCACAGCAGCAGCAGCGGUAGCAGCGGCAGCGGCAGCGGCAGUGGCAGCAGCGAGGGAGAGGACGGCAACGAGGACGAGUGCGCGGCCUGCGGCGACGGCGGGGAGCUGCUGCUGUGCGACGGCUGCCCCGCCGCCUUCCACCUGUUCUGCGUGGGCCUUGCGGCUGCGCCUGAGGGCGAGUGGCUCUGCAGGGACUGCCGGCGGGCGCGGAGCCGGCGGCGGCGGGCGGUGAUUGACGAUGGGUCAAGUUGA